UUUGCGACAAAAACAACCAAUGGUCCCUAUGUACGCCGGUGUAUAGGCGUGUUUUUAAGUGUGGGAGAAGUGACAGAGGACAAAACAUGGCAUUACGAUGUAUUCAGCUUGUCUCACCUAAGGGUGUUGGAUUUUUCGCUUUCCCAGGGGAGCUGAAAACUAAAUUGCAGCAUGUGGCCAGAAUACAUGCAAGUUCCCAAAGAAUGCUCCAGUAUGGAUGGUUGGCGUAUAUUUUGGGAGAAAGGACCACAACAAAAUUCAAGGAAAACAGCAAGAUCAUUACAGUGGAUGGAAACCUAGCUUCAGGCAAAGGAGAACUUGCAAGGAAAGUAGCUGAUAAACUUGGUAUGCGUUAUUAUCCAGAACCAGAUGUCUUCUACUGGGACAAGAGGAACGGUGAUGGGAUACUUCUGGAUUCCAAAUUCAAUGGAAGCUGCAGCCUGGAGAAAUUCUACACAGAUCCCAAAAGUCCUGAUGGGAACUCUUACCGUCUCCAGUCAUGGAUGUAUCAUGUUCGCUUAAUACAGUAUUCAGAUGCCAUGGAGAAUCUACUAAGUACGGGUCAGGGUGCAGUGCUGGAACGUUCUCCAUUUAGUGACUUUGUGUUCCUUGAAGCAAUGUACAAACAGGGCUACAUCCGAAAGCAGUGUGUGGAUUACUACAAUGAAAUUAAAGGGAUCAGCAUCUGUGAGUUUCUGCCUCCUCAUCUUGCCAUUUAUAUUGAUGUCCCUGCAUUAGAAGUACAGAAACGCCUGAAAGAGAAGGGGGAGCCUUAUGAGAAAAAUGUUCCUAUUGAAUACUUGAAGAACAUAGAAGAUUUUUACAAAAAAAGUUUUCUACCCCAGAUCAGUGAGACAAGUGAAGUUCUGGAAUACACUUCCGAACAAGCACAGGAUAUUGAUAAGGUUAUUGAAGACAUAGAAUAUUUAAGGUUUCAGAAGGGACCUUGGCUGGAACAAGAUGAUGUCACGUUCCAUCAUCAUAGACUACUAGCUGAGAACAAAGCGAGAGUGAUUAGCCUUACUGCAAUCCCAAAAUUCAUUCCAGAAAUUACUGUUGGUGCCCAUGAGUACGAUGAGACAUACUUUGAAUACAGAUCGUUACCUGGGAAGAAGUAUCGACCUGGAUAUAAUGCUGAAGGUGGAGAUAAAUGGAUUUGGCUAAAAUAAGAUGGAGGAAGUUUUUGUCAUUUCAGAACUUAAAAAAUUGUGGAAAUGCAUAAAAAUCCUGCAUGGUUAUCUCUGUCGUAGUUCAGGACUGAUUUUUAAAAAUGGUGUUAAGUAAAUUAUUUUUGCCAGCU